AUGUUCAUGUCUCGUGUUGUUGCUGGAUUGCUCCUUAUCGAGGUAGCUACAUGCGCUAUUUCCUUGUCUCUCGCUCCUCCCCAAAAUGCCAGCAAGCCACUCCUCGAGUCCUUCGUCUCAUACUCGAUUGAGUUUUCAUCCUUUCCGGAUUUUGCAGGGAACUCGAGUCAACCGAACAACUUCUCAUACAACCUUUUGAACAACCUGCGUAACCUUCAAGGGUCCUAUCCUAUCAUCAGAGUUGGUGGGAAUACGGAGGAUUACGCCACCUUUAAUGCUUCCCAGACGGCCGCCCUGGUUGGUAGCUUUAACUUCUCGAGGUCGAGAGACUACCCAACGACUAUAUCUAUCGGUCCCGGCUACUUUGACUCUUACACCACUUGGCCAGGUGUCACGUAUAUCCACGGAUUCAACCUGGGCAAGAAUGGGUCCGUUGGUUACGAUACCUUGGUGGGAACUGCUCCGCUUGUUUGCAAAGCUCUUGGUGCCAGCAAAGUCGCCUAUUGGGAGCUAGGUAACGAGCCUGAUCUUUACAAGACCAGUGCCCAAGGCCCAGUGAGACCGAAUUGGUGGAAGGAGGCUGAUUACGUUCAAGAAUGGCUCAAUAAGACUCGCACCAUGCAUCAACUGGUCCAGCAGAAUUGUCCGGAUAUCAUCAAGCAGGGGAAGUUCAAGUUUUACGCCCCCAACUUUGCGGGGACUUCAAACAGCUUGAACAUGAUCACCACGUGGCAAGCUGGAUUGAACGCCGACAACGAUAUUGCAUUCAUUGACAGCCAUAAUUACAUUGGAGGUGCAACCCAGCCCGGUGUGACUCUCCAAGGCACCUUAAUGAAUCACACAUCAACCGUCUUAUCAGUCAACAAGCACCUCAACGAAUCAAGCCUUCUGGCGUACACAGGUCUUCCAUACAUCCUUGGCGAGACCAAUAGCUUGUACAACGAAGGAGCUCCAGGUCUGUCUAAUUCGUUCGGUGCUGCUCUCUGGGGCGUGGAUUUCAACCUCUACUGUGCCGCCACGGGUAUUGCUCGAGUACACAUGCAUCAAGGCACUAACUAUAGGUACGCUUCAUGGCAACCGAUCCAGACUGUCAACGAGACCAUAGGUACAAAGGCACCAUACUAUGGGAACAUCGUGGUAGCAACUUUUCUUGGAGAUUUGACCAAAAACAACGUCAGCAUAAGUGAUAUCGAACUGGGAAGCACACAUCAAAACGCCUAUGCGGCAUAUGUCGAUGGUCGGUUAGAGAGGAUAGCCAUCAUCCAGAUGAAUGCGUACAAUUACACCUCCAACGGCACGGCCGGUUCCAACGGACCUCGGCCUAGCGAGACGUUCAGCUUCCAACUGCCAACCACUGGACUUGGGUCAGCGGCGAAGGGAGUCCGUGUGCAGCGACUGAUGGCAAACGGGAGUGACGCCAUCACGGGCAUUACUUUUGACGGCUGGUCAUAUAAUUACGAGCUUCAUCAAGGGAGGCCAGUGAAGCUAAACAAUGUCACGUCGGGGGAGGUGUUGCAGAUAACACAGGGUGGGAUGCUUGCUGUCACAGUGCCAUGGUCGAGCGCGGCGAUAUUGAAUCUGCGUUGGUGA